AUGCGAGCUUUUGGACGUUUACUGGCGAUUGCCACCGAUGCAGGCGCGUCAAAACCAUUCCGUCCGGCGCCAAUGGCACUAUUGCCGCCUUUGCCUCUUUAUCGGCGCCUGCUUCGUGCUCAUCGAAAGCUAGGCGUCGAAGAGAGAACGCUCGGGGAUAUGUAUGUAAAAGCUGAAUGGAAAGCUCAUAAGAACGUCGACAAUCCUGUGCACAUUAUUGGUUUUCUCACUGAGUGGCAAUAUUACGCCCAGACCAUUGAAGGGGAUUCAUGGAAGGAUGAGAAAAUGGACAAAACUAAGAUUGAUAAAAUGAGUGACCAACAGAUCGGCCAACUGUACGAGUUAAUGCAGACGAUACGAAAACAGGAGCAAGAAGACGCAGCGGAAGAAGCAGCGGAAGAAGCGAAAUCGAAGCCCGGAAACGACAAGUGAAUGUGUCGGAUACUCUGCCUGAC